UGAAAUGUUGAUAGAGUGUUUGGUACAAAAAUAUAAUACAACCUUUUUCUCGAAGGGCCAUAUUGGAGAUUCUCCUUUUGAAACAAGUGAUUGGAGUAAAACAGCACAUUUUACAACGGCAACAACUGCAACGUGGCAGUCCGCCGCAUUGCAACAACCAAUUUUGCAUACUCAACGAGCAUUUACUAGGAUCUGUGACGAUGGUUCGAUUAUGGAUCAUGCGUUGGAUGGUGACGGUGCAUUGAAUUUAUCCACAUCUCAACGGCCAUCAACAACAACGACCCCAAACGGUGUUGACGACGACUUUGCUGAUGAACAGGCAACGUCUUUGGAAAAAGCGCUAACCACACAUCAAUUGGAAAAUUUAGAGCUGGAGCGAUCGUGGGAACGUGAACGCGAUCUGCCGAGAGACAGAGCCGGCACUGCCUCUGGGGGUGGCAGCAGCGGCAUCUCUAGCUCGGGCAGUGAGCGCGAGGUCCCUCUAGCUCAAGGAAAUGGCAGUGCAGCAAGUCCAGUUGCCUCUACACGAGACGAAGUUCCAAUACCAGCAUCGACUGUUAGAGAACCACAAAUGGCAGCGGCUUCACCGCAUUCACAAAAUAUUUCAACGUCGAGGGUUACAAGUCCAGAAUCUCCGCCACGACUACCACAAUCCCCAGUACAAUCUGCAGCUAAACCACCUAGUGCUGCUUCGGUUGCCGCUGCAUCUCAGAUGAUGAUUUCUCCAGCCGGAGGAUUACAUCAUAUGCAGCAACUUUUACAACAACAUGUCCUAAGUCCUACCCAACUUCAAACAUUUAUGAAACAACAUUCACUGUAUAUACAACAGCAUCAACAGAAUCAACAUCAUCAGCAACACCAAUUGGCCGAAAUCAGUAAGAAACAAUUGGAGCAAACAAUACAACAAUUACACGAACAAAUACAGUUAAACCUAUUUCAACAAACACAUAUUUUACAAUCGGGUGAAAAGAAAAAAGCAUCGGCCCCUCUACAACAAUUAGCGUUACAACAGCAACAAUUAAUACAACAAUUACAGAUGACCCAAAGACAAUAUGUGGUGCAACAGGGAAUGGGUAUGCAACCUAUUAUGCUUGCACAAGCCCAAGCGCAAGGAUCAGGUAUGAUACCAAGAGAAGUAUUAAGUCCAUGGAAGGACUCUCUAACAAGUGAAUCUCAUGUGCCGUUAAACCAUAAAUCGAGCUCUGACUUAAACGGUCGAUGUAGAGAAGAAAUUGCUGGACUUCCGCCAGAAGAAAAAGGUAUUGAAAAUUCAGGUAGUGCACCAGACGGUGGUGGAGCUACCCCCACAGAAAAAGUACACCCGUUAUAUGGACAUGGUGUAUGCAAAUGGCCCGGUUGUGAAGUUAUUUGUAUCGAUAUACCAGCGUUUAUCAAGCACUUAAAUACGGAACAUACAUUGGACGAUCGAUCAACGGCACAAGCUCGCGUUCAAAUGCAAGUUGUCUCACAAUUAGAAUUACAAUUGCAAAAAGAGCGUGAUCGUUUGCAAGCGAUGAUGCAUCACUUACAUAUGGCAAAACAAAUGUGCUCGCCUGAUUCAAUGAAAAAUGAUGCGCCCGCAACGACUGGCACAAAUCAAUCCACACCAAAUACAAAAUUAGCAUCUACCCAACAACAAUUAAUCAAUCAAAAUCCACCGAAUUUUGUACCAAAUUCUGUGGCACAGAAUUCGUUACCACCUCAACCGCCUGUUGUAUCGAUGAGUGCACUUGUGUCAGCCGUACGAUCACCCGUACUUCAAUCACCCACACAAAAUUUAACCGGACCAAUACGAAGAAGGAUCAGUGAUAAAUCGGCGUUAUCUUUAGCUGGUGGAUUACCAUACAUGCUUGAAAGAGCUGGUUUAGAUGUACAGCAAGAAAUACAGAGGAAUCGAGAAUUUUAUAAAAAUGCUGAUGUACGACCUCCGUUUACAUAUGCCUCAUUAAUUCGACAGAGUAUCAUUGAAUCUCCCGAUAAGCAAUUAACGUUAAAUGAAAUAUACAAUUGGUUUCAAAACACAUUUUGCUAUUUUCGACGAAACGCAGCUACGUGGAAGAACGCAGUGCGACACAACUUGUCGCUUCACAAAUGUUUCAUGAGGGUCGAAAAUGUAAAAGGUGCUGUUUGGACAGUGGAUGAAGUGGAAUUUUAUAAACGUAGACCUCAACGAUGUUCGACGGGCGGCUCAGCCGGUCCCGCUGUCCAAGGGUUACCAUCCGCGGGGGCUCAACAGUCUAAUAAACGUCCCACCUUAACACAUAGUCCAAUUUUGUACGCCGAUGCAUUGAAUGCAAAUUUACACGCCGCAUUGAUGGAAGAAAACAGUAUGGCGUUCCUAACACCUCCAAUGGGCGGUGGUAUGAUGUCAUCACGUCUAGAUAAACCACGAGGUCGAUCCGAAUCACCCAUACAAAAUAACAGUUUUGACUCUUUUCAAUACAGAUCACCGGUGAAUGGUACAUCAUAUCCAAUUAAAAUGGAAGGUCUUUCAUUGGAGAAUGGAAUGCCACCAACGUCUAUCGCAAACUUACAAAAUAUGUCAAAUGCCGAAGUAACAUCUAUGGUGAAUAAUCAAUCGAUGGGUAUCGAUCCACAUACGCACGUUAUAAAGCGAGAACAACUAGAACAUGGAAGUGUGUGUGAUGAAGGGGAUUUGGAUCAUGACGACAUGUACGGUAUUGGUUUGGAACAUGACGAUAACAUGGCCGAAGAUUUAUCAAUGGCCACCGAACAUAAUGAAAAUGAUAUGUUAGACGCAUAGUGAAAUACGCAUGUGCAAUAAAGACUGUGAAAAAACUCAAAAAAAGCUCUUCCAGAAUAUUUUAUUUUGAAACAUGAGCUUAUUUAAAUAGUUUAAAACCGAAACAACGACAUUAAAAAUUGUCUAAAUUUAAUAAACUUGCACAUACUUUAAAAAAUC